CCUCCCACUUCUGCUAAGAGAAAGGGACUUGAAACCCAACAACAUAUUUUAUGACGAACUAGCUAGCUUUUUUUUUGUCUAAAAGCGUCUCCUGUUACUGCCUUUUCCCCAGUAUGAAACACAAGCCUCAUUAUUCGCCGGGAGUUUCCUUUUCCACGAGCCCCUUCUUUGAGCUCUACCUUGUUAAAAGCCAGGCCAGAUAAUAAAAUGGACCUGUGAACUGCUCAAACGAGAGAAAAGGAAGCAAGAAAGAGGCUUCCUGUAACUUACUGCAGCCCCCGGAGGAGGAACCGAGCGGGGGGGAAAGCCGGUAAGCACACCGGUGGCCUCAUAAUGUUGGAGGCACAGGAUUUAGGAGCUCCGGAUGCAGAGGGAAACAAGCUAGAGGUCCCAGCAAUACACGUGUCCAGUGGGGCAUCUGCCUCUUCGCCCGGGGCCUCGCUGCGGCAUUCUGCCACCACAGCGACCGAGGAUGAGGACGAGAGCGAGGACGAGUCCGACAUCCUGGAGGAGAGUCCCUGCGGCCGCUGGCAGAAGCGCAGAGAGGAGGUGAAUCAGCGUAAUGUCCCAGGGAUAGAUCAUGCAUACUUGGCCAUGGAUACAGAGGAAGGGGUGGAGGUAGUAUGGAAUGAAGUCAUGAUCUCAGAGAGGAAGAACUUUAAGCUGCUCGAGGGGAAAGUGGAGGCUGUAUUUGAUAACUUGAUUCAUUUGGAACAUGCAAAUAUUGUCAAGUUUCACAAGUACUGGGCAGACACUAACGAGAACCGGGCGAGGGUGAUUUUCAUCACUGAAUAUAUGUCAUCCGGAAGCUUGAAACAGUUUCUUAAGAAGACAAAGAAGAAUCAUAAAAGCAUGAAUGAAAAGGCUUGGAAGCGAUGGUGCACACAGAUCCUGUCUGCUCUCAGUUAUCUCCACUCAUGUGACCCUCCUAUCAUCCAUGGCAACUUGACCUGUGACACCAUCUUCAUCCAACACAACGGGCUCAUCAAGAUUGGAUCAGUUGCCCCAGACACCAUCAACAGCCACGUGAAGACGUGUCAUGAGGAGCAGAAGAACUUGCACUUCUUUGCCCCAGAAUAUGGAGCUGUUGAUGAUGUCACCACAGCUGUGGACAUCUACUCGUUUGGCGUGUGUGCCUUGGAGAUGGCUCUCUUGGAAAUCCAGGGGAACGGAGAGUCGUCUUUAGUGUCUCCGGAGGCCAUCAACAGCGCCAUACAGUUACUGGAGGACCCGCUGCAGAGGGAGUUAAUCCAGAAGUGCCUCGACUGUAAUCCCGACACAAGGCCCACAGCCCGAGAGCUGCUGUUCAACCAAGCCCUGUUUGAAGUACUAGUCAUCACCUAAACAGAGAUGGUCUAUAUUUAUCCAGACAUGAUUCCUGAAAAUGCCUUGGAGGAGAUUAUGAAGAAACUGGACCCCAACUUGGUUGUCGCUGAGACAAAAGACGAUGUUCAGCUCAAGCUUUCACAGUUUCCCAUCUUGGAGCUCGAUAAAUUCCUGGAGGAUGUGAGGAAUGGUAUUUAUCCAAUGAUAGCGUUCGGGCUGCCGUGUCCUCAGAAGCCUCAACGGGAGACCAUUAAAUCUCCCGUUGUCGUCCCGUUGGUCAGAUCACCCACGCCCGAACCGUCAGAGCUGGAGACACGACGGGUCAUUCAUAUGCAGUGUAAUGUUGAAUCUGUCGAGGAGGGAGCAAAGUAUCAUCUAACGUUACUGCUGAAACUGGAGGAUAAACUGAAUAGACACCUAACCUGUGACAUGUUACCUCAUGAGAGUGUUCAAGAGAUGGCGGAGGAGUUGGUGCAGCUGGGCUUAAUCAGCGAGGUGGACCAACACAAAAUAGCCUCUCUACUAGACGACUCGUUCAGCCAAGCUCUCAAUUAGCAACGAUGUUUCCUAAGCCAUGUUACUGUCUCAUAAGUACACUCUCUCCACCCUGUUACAUGUUCGUUUUGGUUACUCAACACGCUCACCAUAUUUAGUGCUUCUAAAAAGAUUAGUAUUUUCUACUAAGCUGUAGGUGGUAACAAAAGGGUGGUAUUUAUUCCUCUGCAUCAGGGGAUUAAAACCUCCGAAAGCACAGAAAAACUUGAACAGAAAGCAAUCCAGGAGCACAGGUGACUCCAAAAUAAAACCCAUCUGGAUAGAUUAAACAUUUUUAUUGUGAAAGUUUAAAUAUUCAUACAUCUGUGUCCUUUUUUUGUAAUGCAUUGGCAUUUAAGUUGACCUCAUUAAUGCUGCUACAGGCACGUGAACACGACAGUACUGACACAAUUACUUACGGCGUUAACAUUUUUGUAAAACCCCUUUUUCUUUUUUUCAAGUUCUAGUUUUAUUUUAGUGUGCGAGGAGUUUAUGUAGUGAAUUGCCCAACUCCCUUUUGUUUUGCCCGACGUGAAAUACAUUCCGCCCUGUUUGACUUAAUGUGAUGGAGCAUCCCGUCACCAGCAGAAGCAAUGUCUGCUGACUGAUGGAGAAAUGCACGUGGUGUGUGUGUGUAUAUAUAUAUAUAUAUCAUUUUAAAAGCCUUGAUACAGAACAAAACGUAUGUGCAGAACGGCAUAUCACAUUUCUGGCAGGCAUCAAAGCCGCUCUCUCUGGACAAGGGUUACUUGUAGGUACUGUGAACUCAGUGUUACUGAAUUUUUUUUUGUGUGGGGUUUUUAUGUUUCACUCUGUUUGUUGGGCCUACGCACAUGCCUUAAAGUCCCCUUUUCUCCGUUUUUUAAAAAUGAUUUUAUUCAUUGUGUAUCCAUUUGCUGCUUGUUGGGUUCACAGAUGUUACUCUUCCUGUGAGAUCCAUUCAUGUGAGAGAUGCAUACUGAACUCAGCUGCCAUAGGCUGUAGAAAGAGGACGUGGCCUUUUCCUGAUACAUCUGUGUGAGAGCCAUGUUAUAUGUUUAAAACACUGAAUAGUGUGUGUUUUCCUUCUCUUAUUUCCCUUUUUGUUAACUGUGUACACACAGAAGAGAGCCCAAUUACAACGCCUCUUGUUUCUAUUGCUGUUUUGAUUAGAUCACCGUUUGACGAGACUGGGAUCUCUGGGGUUGACAUUAUCCUACACUGAGUGCAGGGGCUUCUAAAUAUUGAAUUCGUAUAUUAAACGUGUCUUUCUCAGACUCCUACUGAGAUCAGGGAGUUGGCUGUGGCCUUUUUUAUUUUGUGACAUUUUGGCUCAGAACUCUUUUUGGCCAACUGGUACUACUGUCUCUAAAAGCUCAAGCAAUUCAGUAACUUAAACAGACAGGAAGAAUGAAAAAUGUAGCAUUCACAAUAUGUGAAUAGAAAAAACGACAUUUGCGAUACUGUUACAGAUAUAAUAAUACCGUUUUUCUGGCACUUUAUUGAAUAUCCUUGAAGUGUCUUAUAUACUGUACCAGUUUAAUUGACAAGUACCUUAUGAACUUGCAGAUAUUCCUGUUUUGCUGGUUGACGAGUUAAAGAUGUUAAACGGUCUCCUCCGCAAUGACGUCAAAUGAAUCCAAUUAUCUCCUCACGUAUGUCUGAUAUUUGUGUGUACUCAGGCUAGUAAUGUCCUCUGAUCUGCUUUAUAUACAAGUGUAGUCCAUUGUUUUUCUUAUUUGUGAACUGCUAUGAUUAUAUAAUCCAAAGAUAUGUUUUAAAGUCAGCCCGGUGAAUGUAAGUGCACUUCUUGUACAGAGAAGUGUUACAAACCAACCAAUGUGAUCACCAGACCAGCUUUAUUCUCUCUCUCUUUCUCUCUCUCUCCUACUGUUGGUGAUGUUCAAAUUGGUUAUUAAAUAAUCAUACAGGGUGGGCAGCUUGGGCCCAUAACUCAAGGAUGUGAGCUUUCCGGUAGUAUUUGUAUAUUCCUCUAUUUUGUAAAUGUGUGUCCCUCUUGUGAGACGGAAUCCUGACAGAAUCUGGGUGACUACUCUUUCAAAUAAAUGUGUGAAAUUCUUCA